AUGGCCGCCCUCCUCUCUGUCGCUUCCGUCGAUGCGGCCGACCUGGAACAUCUAGUGCCUGUAGCAACGCCUGCUGGCCUCGUCGCGCUCAACGGGAUGUCUCCGAUACCUACACCUCCUCCCGGCCUGCCUGCUGGAAUACCACCAGAAUUAAUGAAGCGGCAGAGUGGCAACUCGACCAGCUUGUUGAUCCCUUUCCCUCCUCCAGCUUAUUACUGCGGCUUGGUUGAUGGAGACCCAGAGAAUCCACUGACUUGCGUCAAUGCUCGCGCAACCUGUAUCUACACCGGAAACGCUGCCGGCUGUUGUCUAAGCAAAAAUAUCAAUGAUUGCACUACCAUUCCAACUACCUGCUACCCAUCAAGCGUUAGCUGUGACUCGGCUUGCUCCAGGGAUUCACUGGCCCUCAAGUGUAGCAUCUCAACUCUCCCUUACUGCGGAACCUAUGUCUUCAACCAGAACACCAAGUUGUACGGCUGCUACUCGUACGCUUCGGUUUCCGACAACAUUUCGCCGCUGUCACAAUAUUUCUCUUCUGUCCUAGGACCCGACUAUGCUUCCAAAUACUCUGCCACUCACAUCCCAUCCACCACCACUGACACUUCUGACCAACCCAGUGGCACCACAUCAGGCGACUUCCCGGACACCACUACCUCAGGCCACACAACCCCUUAUCCCCCUCCACCUCCACCUCCACAACCCAAGGGCCUAGGAGGCGGCGCUAUUGCCGGUAUUGUUGUCGGUUGCGUCGCUGGUGUUUCUGCCAUCCUCAUUGCAAUUUGGUGGUUCAUCCUGCGCAAGAAGCCCGAUAACACCCCUGCCCCUGCCCCUGCGACUGCCUACACUCAAAAUAACAACAUGCCGCCAACCGGCAUGAACCCACAGGGUUAUAACCAGAACCCCGCUGUCGGAGGAGGAUACUAUGCUCCCGUUGAGCAGAAGCCGCCGGUUGAGGAACAGCCACCAACAUAUCCGAAUGAACAGAAGAUUUCUCCAUUCAACCAGCCACCACAACAACCUCCUCAGCACGCUGAAAUGCCCGGGUCAACCGUCAGCUCUCCACAACAGAUGUCCCCUAUCCCAUCCGAGUUGGCUUCCACGCCUAUGACUGCUACACAUAACGGACCUGUUCCCGAGCAGAUCUACGAGAUGGGACCUGGCCGGUAG